AUGGCUUAUGAGGAAAAUGGCACAUCAAACAUAACACAGGCGUUGACGAAUUUGUUUGAGGAAAUGCUUUUCGCAACGGAAACUCCUGGGGGCAAUAAGAGUUUAAACAUGUCCCAGUUUUUAUCAGCCAUAAAAGAUCGCUCGAGUCACAACCACGAGUCUAUAGACUUCGGUACCCUGGUGAAGUUGGUUGACGGAUGGAGAACGAAGUUGAACCUCACGAAGACCAUAGAACCAGCGUGCAAUUAUUGCGAUGGAAGCUUCCGAGAUUUAAUAUUAGCUUACAACAGUAUUCACGGAUAUAUAAGCCUCAUUGUAUGCUUCUUCGGUUCGUUAGCAAAUGCGCUGAAUGUAGCCGUUCUGACGAGACGUGACCUCGCCGCGGCUCCAAUCAACCGCCUGCUCAAGUGGCUGGCCGUAGCUGACGUGUUUGUCAUGAUGGAGUAUGUUCCAUUCGCAGUCUAUAGAUAUCUGAUCUUGCCCGGCCAACGCGAGAUGCCUUACAAAUGGGCAGCGUACCUGCUCUUCCAUAUGCAUUUCGCUCAAAUAUUCCACACGGCGUCAAUUUGUCUUACUCUCUCUCUCGCCAUCUGGAGAUACGUGGCUAUCAAAUAUUCGGACAGGAAUCAUCUGCUGUGUACGGAGAGACGAUGUAGUACGGCCAUAUUGAGUAGCUUUAUACUACCUCCAAUUCUGUGUAUACCUACAUUUAUGGUGUUCGACAUCCACACAGCAGUAGUGCUAGAACCGAAUGGACCCAUGAUACUAUACCACGUAGAUUCCGACGAAGAAGGUCAAUUAUACAAGAUCAACUUCUGGGUUCACGCCGUCGUCAUCAAACUCCUUCCAUGCUGCAUCUUGACUGUAAUCAGUUUGUGGCUGAUUAGGGAGGUCUAUAGUGCGAAUGAGCAUCAGAAGAGAAUCCGCUUAAACACCUGUGCUGACAAAUCGAAACGGCAAUGCAAAGGCGACAAGAGAACGAACAGAACAACUAAAAUGCUAGUGGCUGUUCUCCUUCUCUUCCUCGUCACGGAAUUACCGCAGGGAAUUCUAGGUCUGAUGAGCGGCGCGUUGGGGCGAUGUUUCUUCAAACGCUGCUACGACCUGUUCGGCGAGUUGAUGGAUGCACUGGCUCUGCUGAACGGGGCUAUUAACUUCGUGCUGUACUGUUCUAUGUCGAGGCAGUUCCGCAUGACCUUCCGUCAGCUGAUGUGGCGAGCUCACUUGCAUAGAUGGCCGCCCCCGCAAGCGUCGCAUUCAGAUGGAUUGCACACGGCGAAGACUUCGGUUCCAUGA